AUUUGAUGAACUUUUGUGCCUUAUUACGCCAUUAAUUGAAAAAGAAGACACACAGCUACGAAAAGCAAUAACACCCAGUAUGCGAUUGUCAGCCACAUUACGAUACUUAGCGACUGGACAAAAAUUUGAGGACCUGAAGUUCUUAACAGCGAUUUCUCCAAGAUCCCUUGGGAGAAUUGUUAUUGAAACUUGUGAGGCUAUUAUUUCAUGCCUCUCCAAUUAUAUUAGGGUGCCGCAAUCCGAAGAAGAGUGGAAAGCGAUAGCGGAUAGGUUCAGUGAUGAUUGGAAUUUUCCAAAUUGCAUUGGUGCUAUAGAUGGCAAGCACAUUGCAAUCAAAAAACCACCUGCCUCUGGCUGACAUUAUUACAACUACA